CUUCUCUGGUGCAUUUGGGCCUGCAGAAAGCCCCUCCACCCCCAGACCCUCUCCUCCUCCUCCUCCUCCUCUUCCCCCUCCUUCAGGAUUAGCACUCACACAGAAACAACUUUUUGUGUGAAGCCCGGAGGGAAAAUGAAUCAGAGUUAGACGUUUUCUGUUACAGGUUCGGCAAACAUCCCUGUGGCUGACCAUGGCUCUGCCUGUUGUUGUAUUCCUGUUGGCUCUCAUUGCCCUGGGUGCAGCAUCUGCACCUGACUGUAAGGAGCUCGUAAAGCCUUUUAUGCCAGAGGACCCCAAACAGGUGUUUGGAAAAUGGAUUUAUGUGAUGGGAGCUGGGGACCCCAAACAGUACCACAAAGCACUGGAGUCUCUGAAAAGCUCCUGGAUAGACUUGUCCCCGACUUCCAGCGAUCAGACUGUGACUUUGCGAUGGAGAGAUCACUGCUUUAACCGGUGCAUCGUGGGGGAGGCAAAUGCCACCAUCUCAGGGAUUGCUACCACAUUUCGCAAAAAUCUGUCAGACCACAAAGGGCACAUCCUGCAGACUUGCUCUGACUGCCUCCUGUGGACCGACACCUUCCGAAAUGGGGACGUCACUGGCAGAUACAUCCUGCAGUUCACGAGGACAGGGAAAAUCGAUCCCAAACAUGUGGAAAUUUUCAAGAAACAAGUUGGGUGCUUGAACUUCCCAGAGGACUACCACAGCUAUGAUGGCAAAACAGAACUGUGCCCCGAUGUCAAGGAGAGCACGCAGGAAUAAAGAGGAAGCAACGAGAUCCACAAAGCUGCAUGCAUUAAAAGAAAAUACAUACAGUGUUGUCGUAUGUGCUGUCUGUAUGCUCUGACGUCAUGAAUGCCAGGACAUCAAGUUAUAAAUGAUUUAAUCUCCUUUAAAUAUUUACUCACAAAACCUGUAACUGCAUCGUGUUGUGAAAACCACAUCGACAGCUGAUUUUGUCAUAUCACAACGCAGUUAUUGAAACUGUUUUUAUUAACAGUGCACUAACUGUCAUACCUAUUAUUCACUGGAAACACAGAUGUGUUGAAUAUAAAAUAAAAAGAUAUUGUUAAAUGUUUUUCUUACUGUGGAAUGAAUCCAAUAUAUUCCACACUGUCAAAGUGGUGAGUACAUUUUAUAAAAGAUAAAAGAAGACAACUGCUUGCAUGUAAACACUGAUGCUACCAAUGUGCUUGUUCUGAUACAAAUAAACCCAGCACUGCCACUGGGGUCUAAAGUCA